UGUGAGAAAAUUCCUGUAUGGUUGCCUUCAUUUUCUCAGGGAGGGAAAAUUCGAACAAAAACCCCAGCAGCAAAAUGCUUCACGAAAUUAGGGAAAAUUCGAGAUUCGGUCCCUUUUGCCGUCUUCCUUCCGCAUAUUUGAAUUUACACAACCACCUUCACUCAUGACUUACAAAGGGAAGUCUUCUUGUUUGAAUUAUAUUCAUCUUCCAACAUUUUUCUCAUGCAUUUCGAAAACCCAACACAUUUUUGUAUUGAUCUGAGGUUGGAUUGCAAAUUUGGUAAUCUGGGUUUGAUUCAUGUUAACUGCAAUGCUUUAAUGGCGAACAAAAAUAGAGUUAGUAAAGUAUGUUUAAGGACAAGAACAGUAAAAGUUGUUUCAAGGAGAAAUUGUUAGGGUUUAUAAACCUAUUUGCUACCAUAUUUUCUUCCAUGUUCAUUGAGUUGUGUAAGGAUGUUGGAAUGGCAUGGAUUUAUUGUACAAAUAGGAAAUGGGUUGUCUCUGAUUUGUGUUUGUGUUCUUGGAGAAUUGGAAAUUCUGAAAUACUUUUGAGAUUUGUCAUGGCUCAUGGAUGAAAACUAAAAAGGGCACAUAUGUUUACAGUCUGAAUAUUUGUAAUAAUAGUCCCUAAACUGCUAUGAGAUAAUCAAUGUCUUCCUUGGUGGUUGGAAUUGGAAAUGGAACUUAUAAAGUUGGUUGUCAAGAUUUCUUGAUCAUUCUUGUAGACAGAGUCAAAGCUCUUGAGGCUAAAAUUGAAUAAGAUUAGUGCCGCCUGCUUGAAUUCUUGGAAUUUUGUGGACAAUUGGAUUCUAAGAGUGAAUAAAGAAAUGACUUUUUCUAGUUGGAAAGAGAAGGAUGAAGAGAUGGUAGGGGUUUCUUGCCAAACUAUAUAUAUUGGAAGGGAGAGAGCAAAGCCUUUGGCUUUUGACUGUCAUUCUCAUAAGAAAUGGGAAACCUUCCCUUUCUGUUUUCUUUCUUCUUGUUUGCUCUCAUAGUUUCUAGAAAGCAUGGAACUGAAAGGAAUGCAAGUGCAACACUGGUUAAUGGUGGAAAGUGCAGAAUUGGGGCCAUUGUAGAUCUGAGUUCCAGGAUUGGUAAGGAAGAGAUUUUAGCUAUGCACAUGGCUAUAGAGGAAUUUAACUCCUUGAGCAAUCAAAAUUUCAGUCUUAUCAUUAGAGACUCCAGAAGUGAUCCCAAUCUGGCAGCUCUUGCAGCUAAAGAUCUCAUCAGUGUACAACAAGUUCAUGCUUUAAUAGGGCGACAAACCUGGGAAAUGGCAUCCGUAGUUGCUGAGGUUGGAAAUGAGAAUCAGAUUCCGGUACUAGCAUUAGCUAAUGAAAUACCAAAGUGGGCAACCGAGAAGUUCAAAUUUUUGGUCCAGGCUUCUCCUUCACAGUUAAAUCAAAUGAGGGCUAUAGUUGGUAUUAUCAGUUCAUGGGAUUGGCAUCUAGUCAAUGUUAUAUAUGAAGAUAGAGAUUUCUCAACCACUGGAGUUUUUCCUUAUCUUGUACAUGCCCUCAAAGAUGUAGGAGCUGAAGUUAGUGAUUUUGUUGGUCUCUCACAGUUUGAUUCUAAUUUAUUUUCUAAAGAACUGGAGAAGCUAAGAAGAGGGUCAUGCAGAAUUUUUGUAGUGCAUAUGUCUUUCAAGUUGGCAGUGCGUCUAUUUGAGAUAGCAAACAAGAUGGGAAUGAUGGGAAAGGACUAUGUAUGGAUCACUACUGAUUCUUUCACAAGCCUUGCACAUUCUUUCAAUGUUUCUAUCAACCAUGUACUACAAGGAGUUGUUGGAGUCAAGAGCUACUUCCCAGAAAGUAAUCCUCCAUAUCAUGAAUUUUAUCUUCGGUUUUGUCAGAGGUUUAGAUCAAAGCAUCUUGAGGAGGACAACAACGAGCCUGGUAUUUUUGCAAUACAGGCAUAUGAUGCUGUAACAACAGCGGCUAUGGCAAUGAGUGAAAUCCAAGAAAAGGGUAAUCACUUGUUAGAUAAGAUAAAGCUCACUGACUUUCAAGGACUCGGUGGAAAAAUUCAGUUUAAGGACAGAAAAUUAUACCCAGCUGAUACUUAUCAGAUCAUCAAUGUGGUGGGGAGGAGUUAUAGGGAACUAGGCUUCUGGUCUGAUAAAUUAGGCUUCUCAAGAGAGUUGAGGGAAAAUUCGUCUUCGAGCUCAUCGAUGAAGGAUCUCGGCGAAGUGUUUUGGCCAGGUGGAUCUUCGAUAACUCCAAGGGGAUGGGUUGUACCAACAGAUGCCAAUUCAUUGAGAAUUGGGGUGCCAUCUAGUUCCAUGUUCAAACAGUAUGUACAUGUGGUCGAAGAUCCUAUGGGAAACAAUUUAACCUUCAAAGGACUUGCAAUCGAUCUGUUUAAAGAAAUCUUAAACUACCUUCCACUGCCACAUGACUUCUAUCAUUUCAACGGAACUUAUGAUGAUUUAGUGCAAGCAAUCUACUUGAAGAAAUAUGAUGCAGCAAUAGGCGACAUAGCAAUGACGACAAAACGUGUAGAACAUGCAGAAUUUACACAUCCCUACUCGGAAGCAGGACUGGUGAUGAUAGUUCCUACCAAAAAAGACACAAGCAAUAAAGCAUUGUUGUUCACAAAACCCUUUACAGUGACCAUGUGGAUUCUAAUUGCUGUGGUAACUGCCUACAAUGGCUUUGUUGUGUGGUUCAUAGAACGAAAUCACUGUCCUGAACAUGAAGGUUCAAUGUUUGAUCAAGCUGGAGCCAUGCUUUGCUCAUCCUUCACCACUCUCUUCACCUUGCACGGUAAUAGGCUGCACAGUAACUUAUCGCGAAUGGCUAUGGUGGCUUGGCUAUUUAUGGCACUUGUGAUAACUCAGACAUACACAGCUAAUCUUGCUAGCAUGCUCAUUAUUCAAAAGUUUGAAGCGACGAUAUCGAAUAUUGAGACUCUCCAGAAAAUAAAUGCAUCCGUGGGAGUAGGCAGAGGAACUUUUGUCAAGGGUUAUUUGGAAGAAGUUCUCGACUUUCCUGCUGAAAGUGUAAAAAACUACACUACCCCGAACGAUCUAGUUGACGCUCUCAGAAACCAGGAGAUAGCAGCUGCAUUUCUUGAAGUCCCUUUUGCGAAAUUAUUCCUUGCAAGAUUUUGCAAGGAAUUCAUGAUUUCUGGACCAACCUACGUUGUUGGAGGAUUUGGAUUUGCAUUUCCGAGGGGCUCUCCUCUAUUACGAGAUGUUAACAAAGCUCUGCUUAAGGUAUUUGAAACUGGGGAGUAUAGAAAGUUAGAGGACAGCAUGCUUGCUAAAGAGAAAUGUGAGGAUAGAGAUGCAAAAGAUGAAAGUUCAAGCCUGAGCACCAACAGCUUCUUUUUACUAUUUGUAUUGAGUGGAGGAGUAUCAACAAUAGCAUUGACAUUCUACACUAUCAAUGCUCAUAAAUCUUGUGUUCAACAUAACGCUAUUUGGAGAUUAAUGUUAGCUGUAACUAAGCGAUGGAGAAAUCACAGCAGGGGAUUUUCUCGACGAGUAAGCGACGUGCCAGAAACCGACCCGAAGAACUUCCCAGAUGCUACAAACUUGCAAAUUCAGGUCUUGAAAACUGUACGUUAAUUUCCAUUGUUCAGACAUGGUAGCUUUAGUUGGAAGCAUGAAAUGUAGGAUCGGUAUGACAAUCGUAAAUAGGGUUUAAGUAAAUUCAUUAAAAUUAAUAAUUUGUUUUUCUAA